AUAGAAGCCUCGAGAUUUUUAAGGAGUGAGUAGAAAUUCGCAGUGAUGAAGUGUCUUGAAUGGAUCAUCUUUGGUCUAUUCGUCACGUGGACGGCUACGAUCGAAGGGUUUCCAGCAGAUGAAUAUGAGUCACCCGGUAUGAUCGCCAAUGGAUUACACAAAGGAUUACAGAAUGGACUCCAUUAUGGAUUACAAAAAGAAUUUCAGAAUGGAUUACAGAAACUUAAGUUUGGCUUAAAGAGAGAAUGCCGGCCUCGCCCUGGUUCACCGUGGUGCAAGCCUAAGAGAAAAAAUUUGAAUAUCUAUGAUGAUACGCCUAAACCUAACCUCGCAGAGAAAUACCCGUCAAAGACGACAAAAUUUUCCUUACGCGGAGAUAGUGACGAAUUACGCAACACACGGAAAUUCUCAAAUAACCGAAUUGAAGAACAAGAACUCAAGAGGAACAGAAAAUUUGAUCGUCAAUUAAGCAUGAACGGCUUCGACAAUCUCUUAAUAUAAAAAAUGCAGACAAACGUAAUUAUACGUGAAGAGGACUACGUCUAUUCAAACGUACAUACAUAAAUUAAUUUGUGUACAUAGAUGUACUAUAGUUUACAUACAUACGGAGUAACAUAUAUGUAUUAGAGUUUACAUACAUGUAUUAGAAUUUACAUACAUUUAUUGCAUCAUGAAGCAUUUGGCUUUGUUUAUACGCACUGUUAUAUAGACAUUGUGUUUCAACUUUCAAGGCUUUUUGUUUGUCAUAUUGCAAUUUAAACAACAA